UAGCUGAAUCAUUUUACGUACAAACAGUAAAAAGAAUGGAAUGAUCUUCCUCGAACAGUUGCGAAAUCGUCAAGUCUCUCAGUUUUUUUCAUUGAACUAGAACAAUCCAUUUGUGGUUACAAUGCAAAACGAUGAAAGCGAUGAAAGCGAUGAAAUGUAUGAAAAGUAUGAAAGAGAUGAAAAGUAUGAAAGCCAUGAAAACUAUGAAAACGAUGAGAACGAUGAAAGCGACGAACGAGAUGAAAUGUAUGAGAAGUAUGAAAGCCAUGAAAAGUAUGAAAACGAUGAAAGCGAUGAAAACGAUGAAAGCGAAGAAAACGAUGAAAGCGGUGGACGAGAUGAAAUGUAUGAAAAGUUUGAAAGAGGUGAAAACGAUGAAAGCGAUGAAAGCGAUGAAAGCGAUGAAAUGUAUGAAAAGUAUGAAAGAGAUGAAAAGUGUGAAAGCCAUGAAAAGUAUGAUAACGAAGAAAACGAUGAAAGCGAUGAACGAGAUUAA